CCACAAGAAUGUCAAAAGUCUUGUUCUGCUUUACAUGUGUGUAUACAUAUUGGUGUAAAUUCUUUUUAGUUAAAUCAUAGAUGCUACCAGGUAUACUUCGUAUAAUUCUUUAACUAGCUAAUGUUGGGAAUUAUGUGCUUCACUUUGAAAGAUUAACUGGGAAUAUAUAUGCAUGCACACAGUUUUAUGAUAUUUAGGGUCGUGUCAUUAAUUUAAGCUGUUUGACUUGUGAUCCUUCCUAUGUCCAGUCAGUCUUUGAUGAAAUUCAGUCAGAGCUCCUCAAUUUUCAUAAUUUAUAAUUUAGUGGAUUUAUUUUGCUUUUUGGUAUUGACACUUGUUUAUUCCAAUUUGGCACACUGGGAAAUACAGAUAACUGCAGAUGGCAACUUGGUUUUAAUAUGAUGUUUUGGUUGAUCAUUUCUACUAUCUCUGUACAUCACCUUCAUGACAUGUUGAAUGUGAAUCUUUUGGGGUUCUUUCAGGGUGUUAUUCUUCCAGAUCGUUCCAUUUAUUAUGGAUCCAAAAGCAUGUUUGAUCAGCAUAGGGACAUGAGACUUGACAUUGACGACAUGGGCUAUGAGGAACUUCUUGCACUGGGAGAAAGAAUUGGACAUGUAAAUACUGGUUUGUCGGAGGAGCUGAUUUUAAAGUGUCUGACCGAGUCAAUUUAUUAUUCCUCAGACCAAAUUCAUGAGGAAGGAAAUUGUGUUAUCUGUUUGGAAGAGUAUGUGAACAUGGAUGAUGUUGGGACGCUGAAAUCGUGCAGCCAUGAUUUUCAUGUGGGGUGCAUAAGAAAAUGGCUGUCGAUGAAGAACGUGUGCCCGAUCUGCAAGAAAACUGUUUUGGAUGAUGACGAUAUGAAAGAAUACCGUGAAUAUUAUUUCUGUGGCGGGUUUAUUCCCAACAAUUUCGUCUUUCAUUUCCCCCAUAUGUGGGUGUUUCAUAUGACCAAAAUAAGAUUCAAAUUGAUAAAUAUUAUGCAACUUUAUUGAUCACCAUAUUUGUUGAACAAAAAUACGAGCUACAAGAGCCAUUUAAAACAAAUAAUACAAACAACGAAAAAAAGUAAAACUAUGGAGAUUAUUAAUUCCAAAUACCAAAGUACAUAUAGAAUAGUGGCUACAUAAAUACAUUACUUCCUAGGAUAGAUAGUAAAAUAGGUUUGGGCAAGAGUUAAGCCAAGUAGUACAAUUGCUACAAGCAAAGUUAUAAAUGACCAUGGACUAC